AUGUCGCCCACUCCCACCACCAGCACACCUCAAAACUACUUUUUCGACGACAUUGUGGCACUCAUCCUCGAAAGCGACGAUCACUGGUGGCCCCGGGACUUGUGCCGACUCGCGCGGGUGUCGCGUGCAUGGCUUCACCUGGCUCAGAGGCGACUGUACUCCCACCCAUCCUUAUACUCUUUUAAAGGGUGUCGCCAGCUCUCACAGACUCUGCAAUGCACUCCCUGCCUACGUGCGCUAGUGCGUGGGCUAGAACUUAGCCCGUAUCCCUCCAAGACAACUACGUCGGAAGAUCUUUCCGCCCUCAGAUAUCUGCUAUCUCUCCCGGGCUUGCAGAAACUUUCAUUCGGAGGGGAAUUAGCUUACGAGGCGGGGAGGUUCUUCCGGCUGUUGUCCAGUUCCGAGUCGGUCACAGAGCUAAAUGUCGACGGCACUUUACUUGCGGACAAGCUCAACUUCCCAGCAUCGCUCGAGUGGGAUGACUUCAUAGCGAUGAGAUUUCCUAAACUCCAAACCUUGAGGUUAUCGCACCUUGAGCUGGACGUUUUGGAUGCCUCACCACCGCCGUUUCGCUUACGGAAAUUGGUGCUUGACAACGUGCACGUUGUCGGCGAAUCCAUCAUCCCUCUUCUUGACUCUUCAACACCACUUCACCUCUCUAUCCGCAUGAGCGCGGACUGGGACUGGGCCCCUGACGAAAUCCACUCAGUCUUGGAACAUUGUACAUUGGAAAGCUUCCGCCUCGAGGCCCGUGGCAUUACUUCACAAUGGCAGGGUUUCUUCGACGAAAACUUGCCUCCGUGUCCUUCCCUGCAAACUCUGAUUAUCGAUGAUGUAUAUUUGGAUGUCGACAACCUCAUGUCCAUCUCGGAACAAUGCCCUCGCCUACAAACGCUGGGAAUAUUUGGACGCGUCGUUCGUGUUUCGGCGGGCCAAUGGACAGACCUCAUUUCGUCUGGUGCUCUCCCCCGCCUUCUAUCACUCGGUUUACCCUCGUAUACCUAUCAGCCACCGGUAGUACCGUGGACAGAUGCCAAUGCUUCCCAAAUCCGCGAAGCUUGUGAAUCGCGGGGAGUCGCCAUUACGUCCGGUAUAUCCAGUUUCUUAUGCCCUAUUUUGCUACGAUAG